AUGUCUUUGUUAUGGAUGGACGAAUCACAUCGUGGGACGGCAGCAAACAUUGUCGAAUACCAAGACGGUAGGUUUCGGGUCCAUUCGCAUACAUACAUUCAACCAAGUGCGGUUAUAAUACCAUAUUUGGAACUAGCCGGUUUUGCAAAUGUGGCCAAGAUUGCAAGUCUAAAAGUAGACUCUAAACUAAUUGUUGCAUUGUUAGAGAGAUGGAGACCGGAGACACAUACCUUUCAUUUACCAACAGGUGAAUGUACAAUCACACUAGAGGAUGUGAGUAUGUUACUCGGUCUCCGAAUCCAUGGUAAAGCUGUUAAUGGCCCAACAAACGUAACCAAUGAUGUUUACAUGGAAAAUUUGGGCAUCGAACCAACAGCUUCGGAUAAAAAUGAUAAGAGUCACAACUUGUUGCAUUCUUCUUGGUUACCUUUAGUAGGAGACCUUAAAAAAUGUAAUACAUACAGUUGGGGUUCUGCUUGUUUGGCGACACUAUAUAGACAUAUGUGCAAGGCGGCCCAUAAAGGAGUCAAGAGCAUAGGAGGAUGUGUUGUAUUACUAACUGUAUGGGCAUUCACACGCAUACCCUUGUUAGCCCCGAUUAGUAACGAGGUUCCAUCACAUCCUUAUGUAUUAAGAUGGUGCAAACGAGGUAUGAAUUAUGGAAAUAAUCCUCGUCAUCAUCUACGAGGGUACCGUGUUGCAAUAGAACACAUGGAAGAAAACGAUUUUAUUUGGAGGCCCUACAUACAAUAUCCAGUGCCUGAUUAUAAUGACAGUCGAGUCUGGAGUGCAACAACAUAUAUGAUAUGUUUCUUUACCGUUGAGAUGCAUCAGACGGAUCGAGUCAAACUCCAAUUUGGAUUUGAACAACAAAUACCGUCUCGGCCAAGAUGUCUAAGUGAACACCAUAACAUGACUAUGGUCCAAGCUUGGGACACGCAUUGGCAAGAUUUAAAUAAAGAAGAGCUGAAAGAAUGGAAAAGAAGAAGGCAUUUGGUGUUACAAGGAAACUCGGUAAUUGAACUCGACGGUAUGGAUAUGCCUCCAAACACAUCACAACAACAUCAAAGUCAACAACAUCAACAACAACAAGACGCCCUUGAUGAAUUGUCUUUCGACUCAUCUCUGUCUCCCGCAAGACAAAGACAAGAAGAUUUGGGCAAGAAAAAACGCAAAAAAGUUGGCACAAGAUGUGGAACAGGCGGUCACUAUAAGUAA